AGGAUUUGGGUUACAUUUAUGGAAACAUUUUCUAAAACAUUUGGGCCAUUUCGAGUGCACACAACAUACCAACAAAGCACACGGCGCGUUGCAGUCAAUGUAUACAAAUAAAAGCCAGUAUAGAUCACCGAUGUUGUACAAUAUAUAUUCAAUAUAUAUUUUUUGAAAACAGCAAUUGGGCUGCUGUACAAAUGUCAAAGUCGUAAUAUUGACAAGAACUUAAGCAUGUGGUGGGUAUAGGUGAAGGAGGGACUAGCAUGACUCAUGAGAACUCUUAUCUCAAUGUUUUGGCUUAUCUCCUACUUACCAAGGGUCAACAGUUUUAAGUGAUGCAGAGCAGUGAAUUGCCUAAAAAGCCCCGCUCGCUUAUGCCAGCGACUGCAUUACAAUUAUGUUUUGCGGAAUCAAUAACGUGGUUCAUGAUUUCAAGGUUGCAAGAGUCGAUUUAGCAUGCCCACCUAGUGUUUUUUAAAUUACAGAUAUCGUUCAAUAAGCACUCCACAGCAUCUUUGUAACACGUCAACAAUAUUUUCCAUGCAUGUAACUGCUUAUGAAUGGCAGUUUGAACCGCAGUGAAUUUCAGAGCGAUAUAACAAAAUUGCAGUAAGCUUGAUUGAGCAUCUGAUGAGACACAGUACAGGGGCAAUUACGUUUUGUGAGUCAAUGUUGACGAUGGCCACGAACGUCGGAAUGGCAACCAAAUAACGCGACACACACCCGAGCGGACUUACACCGCGGAGAUGGAGCGAUAAAAUCAACUUGUGUGUGUGCAGGUCCCAGAUGGAUUGUUACACAGCAGGAUCGUGAGAGGUGGCGAUGGGUUGGAGAGGCCUUCAAACCCGUAGUUGAUUUAUCAGGGCUGAAGACGAUACAUGAACAUUAUUGCAUAUGAUAAUGCGUGACGCGUGCGUUUAAAGUCCUGAAUUAUUUACCUAAGCAACAAUGACUCUAUCACUGAUCUUGAUCACAUGCUCGAGUUUAUCCACGUUGCACGUGUUAAACUGGACCAUUAUGCUGCAUGUGCUGUAUCUAUUUACGAUACGGGCGCUUUAUUGUACUGUACUUGUACGAUCACCCGCCUAUGAUCCCCGCCUUCACCAGAACCGCACUGACUCGCAUGGUGAGUUGUAUGGCCAAGCAAUCUUGACGACUCGCACGGCGUGGAAAUGCCCUCUCAUCCAACAGUGGAUUAACAUAAAGUGCUGCACAUGUGCGUGUAUAGAUUUAGUACGGUUACGAAUAAGAGUAGCCAUACGGUCCUGAUUCCGACAUGCCAGCCACAAUUUUGCCCGUCGUAUCUCACGUGUUUAGAAUAUACACGUCAUCUCAGAAAUAAAUGAAGCGUCAACAUCAAGGCGCUGUGCAUGAUUACAGUACCAGAUCUGUGCACGCACAAGUCGCACUUUCACCGUAUGCAUCAGAUGUCAGGAAGGUAAGCGAUACAAGUUCGUUUACAAUGCGCCACUUGGUCGUGAGCUCCUAGAAAGUAAUUCGAGGUAUUUGGCUUGGACCAGAGACGUUCAGAGUGGGGGUGGCGGCGAGAGUGGGGUGGGCAUGUGUCACGUUUCACCUGAGGUGGAUGGAUCGGGAUUGUUGGAGGGGCUCACUGCCGUGGUUUGUGUUCGCUAUAAAACGCACCUUCUUGGGAGGCUUGGCUGGUCAAGUGUUUUGUCCAGCAGGUGGGCUGGCUGGCUGGCCUGCGCACAACACCGGAGUGCACACCGACCAUCUCCCACCGCACGAGAACAACUGCGCCCGUGAUAAACUCGGAGAGAGAGAGAGGAGAGAGAGAGAGGUACGUGCUUGCUGGCGAUUGCAGUUAUUAUCGUUGUUAUUAUUAUAGCACGCGCGGUGAAGUUCUUGAAGACGCUCUGAAACAUUUAAUGCGCGGGAGGGGAUAACUCGGCUUCGAAGUUUAAAGGUUAGAUCUUCAAUGCUUAUGUUGCUUGUGGAUGAAAUAGCGCUGUUAUUGGUUGGCGUGCGCUGUGCUAUGAACCCAGAGAACGGAAUUCAAUUCCCAGCCAUGGUUUAACGACAUGAGUGGCGGGUUAUAUCUGAACUGAUGUUCGGGUCCACACAACAUCAUCGUGCCGCUUCACCAACUCACACUGACCAGCGUGGUGAAGUAUGGUAACAAAAUAAAAUUACUGACAAGACAUGGAAGAGUGCUUCAUCCAGCAGUGGCUUUACAUAAAGUAUAGCAACAUUUCAAGUUGACAUUGACAGUGUGUAUCGUGCGUCGAGUUAAAACGCACCUAUCGAAAAGUGCCAUUACAUUGAGAGACAAAACAGCCGGGAGUAACACAGCCCCAUUUCCAGAGCUCCAACGGGGUUUGUGCAAAGCCCCUUUUUUCAGUUUGGCUGUGAAGGAAAUCAAGUUGUCGCGCGUCCAAGACCGCGUUAUGUGUCUCGGGACCUUGGCAAUAGAUCCGACGCAGUUGGAUUUGGCACGUGUCACAAAGUUUGUAUUGUCAGUGUACUCGCUCACACCUUCUUGAGGUCGCAUCAUAAAGUUUAUAGGUGAUGAUGGGCUAGAUUUGGGUUUAUAUUGUAUUGCAACCUUUGUCAAUGCAUCGGCACUUUUUUUUAAUAUCGCAGGGUCCUUGCAGAUGGUGGAUUGAGCAUGGCUGCUGCUGCUUGCUGCUGAUUGAUGAUGAGGACAAUAAUUAAUAGCCUUGCAAUAACAGCCUUCUGAUAGGUCUGCCGAGGGUUCAAUUGCGAAAAACAAUUGCGUGUUUAACGUUGUCGUUUUUAUAUUAUUAAACAGUUUGAUGUGAGAUUUUUUUCUGCAAUGUAAAUCUAAGAUAUGUCCAACUGUACGAGGGGAGAAUAAUUGUAUUACAUAAUGUUUUAAGUCAUUGUGUUUCCCUGCUCAAACGAACGUCGGGUGGCGCCUGUCUCCCGUUUACAGCACUGAGCCAGUGGUGGAAAUUCCUCAUGUUCAUGGCAGUGCCGAGUCCAUCCAUCGUAUGACCACUGUUGACAUUCUACAAACUGAUCCGCGUCAAGAGAAAGGGGGACGCAGUGCAGAAGGAUGACUGAGCCAAGCAGGUCGACCGCUGACACGGAGUCCCAAGGUGACGAUGUAGGCGUGCACGUGGGCGCCGUGGAGGAAGGCCGCGUCCCUUCUCCACCAGCCACUUCAAGCAGCCUGGGCAGCUCAGGCACCUCAAGCUCCAUCGUACAGCCCCUCGUGCAGUCAAAGGCCGGCGUGGUCUUCUCGUCCCUCUAUGCCAUCAACUUGAUCAUAUUUGGCGCCACCUUUAAGUUUGCCGAGAUCCUGAAUCCCAACCAUUUAGUGACCCAUGCCGAAAUGUACAUCUUUCUGAGCGUCAUCGUGACCAUUUCCAUCCUGUACAUGGUUGGCUUUGUGCUCCACAUGCGCCGUGUUGACACAAGCAGCAUUCCGAUGGACCACCACGCUGGAGCCAAGUGGUUAAAAGGUGGCCUGGCCUUAUUUGCGCUGGCAACGAUCAUUCUGGACGCGUUCCGCAUUGGGUACUACACUGGCAUGACACACUGCGAGUCUGUGGCCUUGGCCAUAUUCCCCGUCCUACAAGCCAUAUUCAGCAUCAUUUUGGUGUUACUACUUUGGGUUUAUGGAAAAUACUGUGUCCGAGAAUGGCAGACUCUGCACAGACUUGGCAUGAUGCACACUUUAGCAACGAGUAUUUUAAUAUGGUUUAACACCGUUAUUGAAGAAUCUAUAAAAGUUAUCAAGGAGAUAGAUCAUUCAACUGAAGUGCUACCUUCAAAUGUAACAUACAACGAAACGGAAUGCACAUGUCAGAUGAACUUUUGCCAGAUGUUCUAUGACAGCGUGCUAUUUCUGGAUCCUUUCAACAUUGAAUUCAGCCUCUUUUCCUCUGCCAUGCUGUACGUGAUGUGGAAGAACAUGGGUCGGAUAGACGCUCACAGUGUGUGUGAACCACACGUAAAGCCCAAGAUGCGAAUGGACAAUGUUCUGUUGGGACCCAUCUUUGGAAUAGUUGUUUUAGCAUCAACGCUUGUUGUUCUGGUCACAGUUGAAGUGCAAGUCAGGACUCCUGCAACUAAAGGACAGGCACUUUCAAUGUAUUACCUAUAUGGCAUAGUAAUUUACUCAUCUAUGGCAAUCUGUGGUGUUGCAGGAUUAGUAAUAUACAAAUUAGGAAACAGUGGUUUGAGGAAUGAUAAAAAUGUAGUGAGAAACCUCGAUGUCCUCCUGCUCAUUGGCUCAUCAAUUGGACUUUUUACUUCUGCCUACUUUUCUGUCAUUGCCGCAGGGUUUAGCUUGAGUCCUGAAACGAAUUUCUCUACAUUGGUAAUGGCAGCUGCAUUUUGCAAAAUCGUUGAACUCAUUUCUCAGAAUCUCUUUAUAAUUGAAGGGCUUCACCGUAGUCCGAGGACCGUGUUGGUGCACGACCAGGGAAGCAGCCCCACUCAGCGCAUAACUAUAGAGGCUAUCAACGGGGCAUUUGAAAGUGAUAGCCCAUCAGUGUUCACGCCAGUUUCUCAGCGCAAGCUUCAUCUGAAUGCACCCAAUUUCAGAGCAGCGCAAGAUGCAGGGAUAUUCAGCAAUGCACUGCCAUCCACACCAAAAUGUUUGAACAAUUUUGAUGGCAUCGGCGAUGCAUUUGAGGUGAGAAACCCUUCUCGGGAAGCAACAGAGAUGGCAAUUUCCCCCAUGUCACAGCACAGUCUGCAGUUUCAAAUCAGCGAAGAUUUAAAUGACGUCGUGAGCAACUCUCUAAAAGAAAGCAGUGAAUGUGUUACCCAAGCGGAGAGCAUUGGCAGCUUGACAACAGACAGCUCCAACAGGUCUUCAAGAACUGCAAGGCCACCGUUGGAUGCCAAGACAUACAUUAUUAAAAACUUCACCAUCUAUUUGUUGCUGUGCAACAUGUCGUUGUGGAUCAUAACAGCCUUCGGUGAACGGCUGCACCUCAUUAAUAGUAUAGGAGACCAGUUUUAUGGAUUCUCAGCGUGGGUAGUCGCCAUUAAUUUUUCAAUCCCGCUUGGAGUCUUCUAUCGCAUGCAUUCAGUGGCCAGCCUCUUUGAGGUGUUCUGCACCACUUAAGAGGGCCCCACAUGCCUCGAAGCGCAGGCUGCAAGCCGUGCUCCCCAGUACGCCACACGUGAUCAUGCAAACAUCUCCAGAGAUAUUGCACACGCAGGAUUUUAAGAGCUCAUAUAUUUUUUGUGUAUAUGAGAGUAUUACACCCUCGCAGGGUGAUGCGUAUGGGCAUUUAAAGCAGAAUUUGGGGCCCUGCAAAACAUGUGUUAUGGGUUUAUAACAAUUUGGUGCAUAUUCUGUGAUAUUGUAAUACGGUAGACUAUGAAUAUGCACACACCCUAAAACUAAACUAUUUUAUUUACCAGGUAAAGCCCACUGAGCUAUGAGCUCUUUUUCAGAAGCGACCUAGCCACAAAUGAUAACUCACCUAAGUAGCUUAUCUUGUGGAAA